AUAAGACAAAGUUAGAUAUUAUUAUUGUCAUUGAUUUCACUCAUAAUAUUAUUAGUAUAGAAAGCAGAAUGAGGUAUACCAGUCGUAUAAAAAAAUAGUCUGGUAAGAAAAAUAGAGCGUUAGCGAUCAUCUGUUAUCGGAACUAGCAAUAUGGAUCCUAACUCAUUAGCUCUUAAGCUAGCCAACUUGUAUAGGUGUUUCAGUACUAAUUCCCAUUUGAGAGAGAAUUUAAACUUGUUUGUUGAAUUAAUCCAACACAUUGACGCUGAAGCAAUAGUCCAUUGCAUUGAUAUAUUACACCCUAUGUUCCUAAACACGUUGAAUGAUUCCCUGGUUAAUCUAGACGUGAAGAUCACUGCCCUGACGGCGAUGAGUAACUUCAUUCAACAGGUGGGGAGUUCAAAAGAUAGGGAGAGGUUUCAGGAUCUGUUGCCUGCGAUGAUGGACAUGCUGAAUAAGGCAUUGGAAGAAAAUUGGGAGGCAUCAGCUCAGUCUGAGUUGGAGAUUUUGAUUGAGUUGGCCAAGAAUGAGCCUAGUUUCUUCAGGGUGCAGCUUGUGGUUGUGGUGGGUUCCAUGUUUGAUAUAGCUGAAUGUGAGAGUUAUGAAAAGAAAACGAGACAUUUGGCGGUUGAAUUCGUGAUGACAUUGGUUGAGGCCAGGGAGAAGACCCCUGGCAUGAUCAAGAAGUAUCCAUUGUUUACUGAAAAAUAUAUUGCAAUUUUAUUGAAUUUGUUAGAGCAUGAGGUUUAUUACCCUCUCUUGCCUGAUCCUUAUGAUAGAUGGGAUAUAAAUGAUGAUUUGCCUUUUCUUAAGAAGUGUUUAUGGCGGUUGUCCCAUGCGCUGGGUGGUAAGACUGUUGGUCCUGUUGCCUUUGAGCAGGUCCGUGCUUACUUGGCUGACGACUCGUGGCAGAAGCCAUGCGCAGCACUCUAUGCACUUGCUCAGAUUGUUGAAGGCUGCUCAGAGGUGAUGAUUAAGAAUAUGAAUCUAGUGGUGACAAUGGUUCUGGAUUGUAUGGGACAUCCUCAUCCUGGAGUCAGAUUCACCUCCAUGGAAGCAGUUCGCGAGUUUUUGAGUUUCAUGUGUCCCCAUUUUCAAGAACAAUAUCAUCAGCAAGUAGUGCCGGCAUUAAUUAAAGCUAUGGAUGAUGACAGUGUACAAGUGCAGGUCAGCGUCAUAUGCGCGGUCACGGGCUUCCUUCGCGAUGACACACCUAAAUAUUUGACACUUUACAUCCAUGGAUUACUCGAUAAAUUGUUUCAACUGUCAUUACAUACUGUUGCGCUAGUCCAAGAAUCAGCGUCAGCUGUACUCCAAUUUUUGGCUGACCAUUUUAAGCAAGAGUGCUAUGGGAACAACUACGAAUCUAUUCUACCACUUUUUAAAGCUAUCCUGGUACAAGCAAAUUUUCCAAGUAAAGAUGUAGAGAUGAUGAUGUCAUUCCUCAAACCUGGCCGUUCGUUACUUCCAAAACAGAUUAUGGAAGCAGUUAUGUCAUUACAAGGAUCACAAGAGUUUGAUGAGGAUACAAAUACCAUCUUCAAGCUAGAGGCUAUUGGUGGAUUUUGUAAGGCCAUAGGGAAAGGUUUUCUUCCUUGCACCAGCAUUGUCAUGCCCCUUUUGUUGCAAUGUGCUCAACUCGAACCUGAUAAAAUCAUAUUAUCUCCAGAUUCAGACCAUACUUGUUUAGAUGAUAAUACUAUACACAGAGUCAAGGUUGGCGAUUCAACGAUAUGUAUAAAAAAAAGUUCCCUAAAGAAGAAAGCUAAAGCAUGUGAAGUCCUAGUCAUUGUUGCUAACAAAUUGAACAAAGACUUUUACCCAUGGAUUUUCCAGACUGCUUCAAUUUUAUUUCCACUUUUGAAAUUCCAUUUCAAUGAGGUCAGGUUCCAUACAGUUGAAGCGAUGAAGCACCUUUUGCAAUCUGCUAAACUGGCUGAUGAGAAAGGGAUUGCUCGAGGUGAAAGCCAUUCGGAUUUCAAGCAGUUUUCGGACAGUAUAAUACUGAAUUUGGUGGAAGCUUUGCAUGAGGAGCCUAAAACACUGCUUAUUUGUUUUGAAACAGAGAUAUAUGUAGAAAUGUUGAAUACAUUACAUGUGUGCCUUCAGAUAUGUGGACCACUUCUCAAUGAAGAUCAGCUUCGUCCGAUCGUGGAUGAGAUAAAGCAUGUCAUUACAGAGAGUUCAAAUAGCCAAGGAAAACUCACAGAGAGAGAAAAAACAGAAGAUUUUGAUGCUGAGGAAGCUGAAUUGCUGAGAGGGGAAAAACAUCGACAAGAUCAAAUAUUUAAACUUGCUGGUCUCAUAUUAUGUAGACUGAUCGAAACAUUCAAGGUUGUUUUCUUGCCUUACUUUGACGAGUUAUCAUUAUAUCUGAUUCCGAUGUGGGACAAAGAAAUGACAAUUCAAGAGAGAUGUACAUCACUUUAUAUCUUUGAUGGUCUUGUGAAGCAUUGCUCUGAAGCAGCUCUAAAGUACUGUGAUGUAUUUCUACCUUUGCUUCUGAAAUCAAGCAACGACGAAAACCCAGCAGUUAGACAGAAUGCUCUAUAUGGACUUGGGCUUUAUGCAGAAUAUCAUGGUUCUGUUUUCAAACCUUUUGUUAGAGAGGCUAUGUCACGGAUCAAUGUAGUGAUAAUGCAUUUACGUGCUCGUGAACCUGAGAAUGAACUUGCAUAUGAUAAUGCUGUUUCUACCCUUGGUAAAAUAUUUCAGUUUCAUCGAGAACUUAUCGACUCAGCCCAGGUCAUUCCCAUUUGGUUGAAUUGCCUGCCUAUAAAAGGUGACCUUCCUGAAGCCAAAUAUGUUCAUGGUCAACUAUGUUCCAUGGUUGAAAGGUCAGACAGAGAACUUUUAGGUCCCAAAUAUGAACACUUUCCAAAAAUUAUGUCAGUUUUUGCAGAGGUUUUACGUGGUGGAAAACAUCUUGCUACAGAAGAAACAGCAAAGUGUAUGAUUAAUCUGUUGAGGAAACUUGAGAAAGAAGUAGCACCAGACACCUUGAUAUCUGCAUGGUCAUUACUAUUGCCUAAGCAGGAGAUGGAACUGAAAUCCAUUCUAUUUCCUGGCAUACUUAUAAACCACAAAACAUUUUUUGUGCUUGGCAGUAAUUUCUCAAUUGUCAAAUUUCUUGAGGAAGAACUCCAGAAAAAUAUUACUAAUGUUCGACGAAUGUGACUUAUAAACCGUGUAUUGUAUCUUUAAUUUAGUUUUGUUACAGAAUAAUGUAUAGAUGAUACUAUAGUUGAUUUGUGGGAAUUUGAAUAUUUAAUUACCAUAAUUAGACUA